UAUGUUGGAAUUUUCUAAAUUGGCUGUGGCCUUUGCCAUCGAGCUCGGAGGUUAGCUUACUACAGGUGUAGAAUAUUGUUAUGUAGACUCCACUUGGUCUAGACGGGCGUUUCCGGCGUCACCUCUGACGUAUUAAAUUUGGUUUAUUAUUACCAUAAGGAGCGAGAUGUACUAGAUUAUAUCAACUUGUGUCCCACCAUUUAUAAAGAGCUUCACAAGUACUAGGGUAAACGACCUGUGAGCUCUCUCAGCUCUGUAUCUUGAAACGACUAUGUCCCAGCCGCAGCGAAAACUAUCUGUUCGACGGGGAUCUGUCAGUGCGUCAGAUCCGUUUGGACAUCAUGCUCCCCUCAAUCAUGAUCCUAAUCGAUCAUCGUCAUCGACUUUGACCAUCGUUCGCGUCCUGGAUCCCAAUUCGCAAGCAGGUGCAUCGCAAGGUACUGGGACCACUCCGAGUAAUCUUUUAGAAUCGUCUGCGCCAGCGCUUCACCGACGUUCACUACGUCAUCCUGGGAGUAUAUCCUCUUCGACAAAUGCAGACGGAUCAUCAGCUGGUAGACUCAGCUUUGCAUUUUCAUCUUUCGCUCCAAAUUCUUCAGCUUCACCAUCCUCUUCUGCGUCUGCACCAGCCGUCGCUACUUCCCCUAGCCGACGGGCAUCCAGCCCGUCUGCUUCCCCCCGUCUACGCUCUAGUUCACCGCAGUUCACCCGGAGACAAUCUGCGUCAGGUUCAACCCCAUUCUCUAAACCAAAUUUGUCCCCAGAACAGCCCGUAGACCUUGCUCGUCAAUCAACUAGCCCUCGUUAUGUCCCUCCGCCUGCAUCUGCCCCUAGCACUCCUCAUCUUCCCGCACUCGCAAGUCCGGUGAAUCAUGCCGCUGGUGCAAUAACGGCACCUGCGACAUUCACCCCGUUACCCGAUGACAUUUACCUUCCUUUCAUCGAUCGUCCCAUCGAAGUGACCCAACUACUAUCAACUCAUCCCACAACCAAACUUCUUUCCCUCCUCGCUCAGACAUUUCCCAGGACACAAGGCCCAGAAAAUGUUAACGAUUCUACAUUCUCUGCUGAUCCUGCGACAUGGUCCUUCGGGACUUUGCGCUUCUGGCUAACCAAUGUUGAUAGACAAACAGCCAGUGACGCCCUCUGGGUGUGCAAUGCGCGCAGAUGUGUUCUUUCUCAUUCAGAGCUCAUCUGGGAGCGUCUGAAGGGGGCUCUUGGCGUCCCUCCCGAGCUUGAGGUUGACGGAGAAUAUGAUACGGAGAGCGUGAUUGCAGUGGACAAUCACCCGCUGCGUGUCUCUGUCUCUCCUAUUCCAGCAAUAUUGGAUACAGACGGUGCGGUCGAAGGCUUAGGAGAGCCAGACACGCACACUACACCUUUUCUGCCUAGCGAUGUCCAAUCGACUCAACAUGAUUCUAUGCCCUCAUCCCCGCGAGAGGACCCACUCUCAACCCCAACUCACUUGUUGAUUGAGCCCAUACUCGCGACACCCUCAAACGGGAACGUCUCCACUUGUGGUUCAGCUAAUCCACCCCCGCUUAGCCUCCCAUCAAACUUGUCACAGUCUACUUCUCUUGGACAAGGAGAUGGGCUGCAGGACAUCGGUGAGGAGGCAGAAGACGAGGACGGCGCAGACACAGAAGCGCCCGAAAAGGACACUCAACCUGCCGAAGAUGCUUUGCAGAUUCAUGGGUUACGCAUUUCCACUUCAUCUGUGCCGUCUUCCCCUGCUUUUGUGUCACAACCAUUUUCACAUCCUACUAGCCCGGUCAUGAAUUCAAAUGACUCAAGACGCAACAGCACGGAGCUUAAAUGGUCGUCAGAGUUUACCUUUCCCCUUACUAGGCGCAUUUCUCGUACGAGUUCGCAUGGCUCGGUCAGUAGCCUUGGACGACCCACGUUCAGCUACAUCCACAACUCAGCCGGAUCUGACUUCGGAGACAACGAUAGCGAGCGCUUGUAUGAUCCUGUUGGAGAUCGCGGUCCAGGAAAUCCGCUGUUCCCCAGCAAUUUUGCGCGACUGGCAUUGGGCCCAACGCUGAGUGCAAAUAAUCCUAACCUGCGUCCAGCGCAUUCGCGCUUUGCCAAGUGGGCACCAGGCGGACGUCCUCCGAGUUGGAUUGAUGCUUGGGACCCUGUCAAGCACGAAUAUGCUGCAACCACCGCUAGCGGUAGUAGUAUUGGGGGCGGCGAAUAAGCUGACGCACCUCAUUGCACGCUGCGCUCUCAAUAAUCAAUCUUUUCAUUACUCGGCGCAUCCUGCAUUUUUUUGGUCUUUGACAACUUUUCGAUAUCUUUUCUUGUCUUUUGGAAGCCGCAGCAAUGGUCAAAAAAUCUCGCAUCCGCAACUUUGUACUUAUACUACUGCCCCACUUCUUUCCUUGCUUUGCCCAUUUGCCUCUCAUCUCUGUAA